ACCUACGCUGCGGGGGCCAACUAUUAUACAAUUGAUCCCUAUCGAAAUUGAAAUGAUUUUGUAGGAAAAUAGCCUCGCAAGUGCAUACUAAUUGUUUCUUCGUUUAUUACCAUCUGAAAUGGCUUUGAACACUGUUUUAGCGAUUUCUACGUUACUUAUCAACGCAACUGCAGAUAACAGCGCCAAUUACAACGACUUGAUUGAAACAACGGUGACAAUCGUUAAAUCUUGCACGAGUUCUAAACAAAUCUCUGCUCUAUUGUUAGCUGGAGAAUACGAUGAUUUUCUUCAAAAAUCAUUGCUAGAUGAUGUACCAGUGGCUCUGAUUUCAGAAUCAGAUCCAAACAACUUUGAAUACUACACCUUGACUAGAUACUUGUUCAGGGAAUUCCGAAAGUUCGCAACGCUGCAACUACUUUGGAAAAUGAAUGAAUUCGUAGUGGUAGCACGAUCCCAACCUCUGCUACGAUUGCUCUUACAAAGGAUAAAGGACUCUACUUGGUUUAACUCCAACGGAUUCUACGUUCUAAUCGAUAGGAAGACGGGGAACUAUGGUUGUUCGAACGCGUACAGAUUCCUCUGGGUUGCCUGGGAAUACGAGUUGUUAUCUACGAUAUUCUUGUGCAUCGAUCCGGUCGAAGGACUUUUAAUCUACACCUACAAUCCUUACACGAACGUAAUUCCAAGCGAGUGGCAAGAUGCUGGAUCGUUUAAAGGUCGCAAUCGACAUCCUUGGUUAUUGCUGAAGAAGAAAUAUCGAAAUGGUCCAGGGAUGUGUAAGGAUCUAAAUUUCGAUAAGACGAGUGAUUUGAACGGAUACGAAGUCCGAGCGAACGCGGUUUCCUACCCGCCAAACCUUUACAUAGACCCUGAGGGGCUAGGAGUGGAUAAAAAAUUCGCCGGUGAGAACGGCGAAAUUAUACAGAUGGUGUUCCGUAAAUUAAAUGCUAGCCUAAACGUAAUGGUGCACAAUGGAUCUGUAUACGAUCUCGGCGGUCUUGGACCUCAUGGAAAUAUCGUGGGAAUGUUUGCAGAUAUCGAAUCGGGCAAGGUGGACAUGGGAAUAAAUGCGAGGACCUUGUACGUCAUGUGGAAAUUUGGGACCACGUAUCCUCAUGGUCAGAAUGGCUUGUGUGUGAUCACCCAACGAGCAGGCCAAGUAUCGGAGUUAACUAAAGUCAUAUCGUUUAUGUCGGUACCCGUAAUAUUUGGAAACCUCACGGUUUUUAUAAUUGCAUUUUGGCUGCUUGUUAAAUACAAGGGAGUACUACCUGCCGCGUUGGAUAUUAUUCGUUUGAUGACUGUGGUGUCCAUCCAUCGACUUCCUCGAAGUAUUAGUACCAGAGUUUUCUUCGUCAACGUGUUUAUACUGAUACUGAUAAUGAAUUCGUUGCUACAAAGUCAUCUAGCCUCUUUACUCACUGUGCCAGUUUUCAGACCUAACAUCAAAACUCCGGCGGACCUCAAGAGAGCUAAUUCCACGAUAUACGGUUCAAAGUUUCAAGGCCCGUCCCUACAAGAUCCGGUAUUAAGAUCGCGUUUUCACCCAGUUUCCUAUCACGAAUGCGAGCAACGAGUUCGGAAUUCUAUACACGCGGCUUGUCUGGACGAUUGUAAUCAUCAGUAUACGAGGAUCAGGAGCAACAGUCAUACAUUCUAUAAUUCGCGAGCGAUACAACAGAAUUUACAAGUCUAUGUGACGAAACAAAACUGGUCGCUGCUCAAUCCAAUGACGAGAUUGAUACAAAACGCAGUGGAAGCUGGGAUCGUGUCAAUGUGGAAGAAUGUUAGUAGGCUCAUGUUACGUCGGGCGUGGAAAAAGAGGAUCGCUAGAGAAUUCAGAAGUUAUAGAACACUGACGAUGAAGAAUGUUGGGUUUUGCUUUUAUGUACAGGUGAUAGGAUUUAUUCUUGGCACUGUUGCUUUUCUUUUUGAGAUUCUUAUUGCACGAUAUAAACCUAGACUUAUGAAAAUACACGAAACGAUUAGAGACAGGGAAGAAAUAAAGAAACUACAAAAACUAUUGAAUAAUAAAAAACGAGGAACAUCGGAAAUUGUAUAA